UCCGGGAUCCCUUCGUAGGGUCCCCAGAUGAAGGGGGACCGGGAUGAGGGAGGAUAGAGACUAGAGAAUCGACUGGCACCUCCGCCCACCUUCCCCGAAAUCCUUUCUAGAAGGAUUGAUCGAAAAGGCUACUGGAUCCAAACCCCUUGAGGGCCAGGAGACAAAAUGUCAUCAUACUUUUGGCCGUUAUCACUGAAUUCUGAAGAUAAAAUAAACGAUGACUCAAUCAAAAAGGGAAAGCCAUAUAAGAUCUUUUUCAGAGAUCUCUUUCUUUUCAAAGAAAAUGAAAUAGAGGCAAGGAGGCAGGAAAAAGCCCUGAACCGCAGCGGGAAAUUGCACCAAAAGUCGACGUUUUCAUCUCGAAUGAAGAGUCGUUCACACCUGAGCGAAAUAGCCUACGCUGACGCAGCUGCUUCCUCGUUUGAGAAGUUUGGGCUGGAUCCCACCCUGGUUCUCAGAAUCACAGAAGGUGCAGACGCAAAAAGGUCUCUCCAUGAAUUUAUUAAUGACCAGAGAGGCAGGUUUCUGCUCCAGUAUGCUGUGCAAACCAAAAAGAAUACAAUCACCAGGUAUGAUAAGCACAUACUGACGAAGGAACGGCAAAUCCUCAGGGCAGAAACAAAGCUCCAAGAAGACGCAAUUGCCUUUGAAGAGUUCCUUCGAGAAAAUGACCAGAGAUCCGUAGACGCCCUUAAAAUUGCAGCACAAGAAACUAUCAACAAGCUCCAAAUGACGGCGGAGCUCAAGAAGGCGACCAUGGAGGUGCAGGCGGUGAAAAGUGAAAUAUCAAAAACAGAAUUCCUCCUUAGAGAGUACAUUAAAUAUGGACUUUUUCUGAUGAAAUUGUCUCCAAAACAUUGGCAAAUCAGGCAAGCGCUGAGAAGGGUGAAGAUGUCAAAAAGCAAAGAAAAUAUAGAGGAAAAUCUUUCCAAAAUAUUAACAAAAUUCAGGAAAAUAGACUACAGUGAGAGCUCCCGGAAGAUAUCAGUUUCAGGAGAACAUUCCCGGGGAAGAAGUAGCUCAGCCGGAAAACAACGCAAGAAGCGCUCUCCUACCUUAGAGAAUGGCGAAUCACCCUCAUCAGACCAAUCUGAAAGUUCAGAAGACAGUUUGGAAUGCUUGAUAGAUGAUGAAAUAGACUAUGAACUGGAGCCAGAGAUUUAUUUCAAAGAACCAGAAGAGCUACUUCAAGUCCUCACGGAGCUGGAGGAGCAGAAUCUGACCUUGGUACAGUAUUCCCAAGAUGUAGAUGAAAACCUCGAAGAAGUGAAUAAAAGAGAAAAAUAUAUACAGGAUAAAAUAAAUUCAAACAUUGAGUUCCUUUUGGAGCAGAAGGAAGUGCUUAAAGAGAACUGCGUGAGAGAAGAGGAAAAAGCAGCAGAACUGGAGUUAAGGUCCAGGCUAUUUAGUUUUGGAGAAUUUAAUUCAGAUGCCCAGAAGCAGGCAUUGGGGCAGAAUGCUAUCUGGAGACAGCUUAACCUUGCCCAGCAGUUUAUUGAGACCCUCUUAGCUGCGAAUGCCGAGCCCCCAGACGAGAAAGAGGAUGAAAGUUAUCUUUCGGUCCCGAAACACAUCCCGAAACACGUUACCUACAAGCUCGAGCAUAUCAACUACGUGUUAAAACGGAGGAAUAGCCAGGAAAAACUGAUAGAGUCUCUUAGUAAAAAAAUAAAUCAAGUAUACAAAUUCUGCAUCGGAGAUGGUGAGGUUGGCAGCCUCAACCCAGUCCAAAAGCUGGUAAAAGUAGAGUCUCGCCUGGUGGAACUGAGUGAUCUCAUUGAUUCCAUUCCCAAAGAAAAUGUGGAGGCAAUUGAGAGGAUAAAACAAAAAGAACGACGGCAAAGGUUUCGUGAAGAUAAAAUGAGAGAAAAACAAAAACACCAAGAAGAAAGGCUAAGAGCUGCUCUGGAAAGAGCAGUAGCACAACCAAAGAAAAAGGUGGGAAGAAGACUUGUCUGUCGUUCAAAACCUACAACUGGUAACAAACAUCAACUACGUUUAGUCAGGGAUACAAGAGCAAAAUCAAUAGAGGAAGAAUAUUUUUUCACUUGAAUUAGAAGCAGUAAGGCCAAAUGUUUUAAGCAUAUUUUAAAGAUUUUGGUUUACAGUAAUCAAAAUAUUCUCCCCCAUAUGCUUACCUAAUCAAUGUGAUGAACACAUGCCCUUGUUCCAAAGGUUAUAGGAUUGGAAAUGGGGAAUUACUUUCUUUUGUUGAAGGCUUUUUAUUAUCCAUUGCCUAAGUAUUAUUCUAAAUAUUAUACAUCUAUACUUUGAUUUGACUGAGUUGGGGAUACACAUCCAAAGUUAUUUUAUUGAUGUAACUAUACGGUUAAUGAUCAUUAAACUGCAAUAGUGGCAUCCUCUGACAACAUGAGACUUUGAAGUUAUGUCUCAGAACAUAAUUGUGAGACUGGUUUUUAAUUCUUAUUAAGUACUGUUCAGAAACUUAAUCCUCUUAAAUGAACAAAUCUUCAACCUAAAUGUCAGUUCCCAAUUUCUGUUGU